AUAUGAGUAUGUUAAGUCCUUUGAAGUUCAAGAUAAAAUUAUGCUGCCCACUCUGAUUGUUGUUGUCAUUGAUGGCCGGAAUUUUGGAAGCAUCUCAUGCAACAUCUAGGAAGCUUAUUUCCAUUUCUUUUAAUGGAUUUGAGGGCUUUCUAGUUUAUGAUUUACAAGCUUCAAAUCCCUUCAUUAUGAAAGCAGUAUUAAUUUCCUCACAACCCGAUCAUGGAGCUUACUGUUGGUUCACUGGAGAACUGUGGAGCUGACUGAAGUUUAUGUGCUGGAGGACUUGCUUAAAAUUUUGGACUACUCAUUUUCUUUGGGUUGCUUUCUUUGCUAGAAUUUAGUUGGUACAUUUUCUCAAGUGGUUGAAAUUACAUUGAUUGACACUAUGAAGGUUCUCUGAAGCUCAUAAAUUUGAGAAGCCUCGUGAUAGAAAAGCCUUGGAGUUGAUGAUUUCAUGUGCAACUGUUGUCAUGGAGGAAUAUGCUGACAUAAUAUUUUCAUAUGGAUAUAGUGAUGAAUUUAGUUUUGUAAUAAAAAAGGAGUCCAAAUUUUACCAGAGACGUGGAAGUAAGAUACUGUCCCUACUUGUGUCAUUCUUCACUUCUGUGUAUACCAUAAAAUGGAAGGACUUCUUUCCACAUCAGAAAUUGCUUUAUGCGCCUUCAUUUCAUGCACAAAUUAUUCGAUGUCCAACUUUGGAGGUUCUCCAAAAUUAUCUUGCAUGGAGGCAGAAUGAUUGUCACCUCAACAAUUUAUAUGAUACAUGUUUUUGGAAGCUGGUUAAAAGUGGAAAGAGUGAAUCUGAAGCCCAUGGACGUCUCAAGGGAACACAAAAACAGGAAAAAAAUGAGCUUCUCUUCCAGGAAUUUCUCUUUAAUUAUAAGACUCUUCAUCCAAUGUUACGACAAGGAACUUGUCUUUUCAAGACUCAGAUUGAAGAGGUUGUCAAGUACAAGGAAAAUGGCGAUCCUAUCAAGAGACUUCGGAGAAAGAUAAUGGAAGUUCACUCAGAUAAUAUAGCUGGCAAAAGCUUCUGGAAUCAGCACUCUUCUCUUCUUUCAGAACUAGGCAGAUUUGAAGAAGAUAUUCACAAAAUUAGACCAGAAUAUGUAGAGUCCUUUCUAUUUGAGGAUAAACUGAUGUUGUCCACUUGGAUAGUGGUCAGAAUUGAUGGUUGCCAUUUCCAUAGGUUCUCUGAUAUUCAUAAAUUUAAGAAGCCCAAUGAUGAAGAAGCUUUGAAGCUUAUGAAUUCAUGUGCAGCAGCUGUUUUGGAAGAGUUUCAAGAUGUAACCUUUGCAUAUGGUGUCAGUGAUGAGUUCAGUUUUGUUUUGAAAAAGGACUCAAAAUUUUAUGAACGGCAACCCAGUGGAAUAGUGUCCUCAAUGGUAUCAUUCUUUUCAACAAUGUACAUCAGUAAAUGGAAUGAGUUUUUCCCAGAAACAGAGUUGAAGUAUCCCCCUUCAUUUGAUGGAAGAGCUGUUUGCUACCCAUCAUCUGAGAUUCUACGGGACUAUUUGUCUUGGAGACAAGUUGAUUGUCACAUAAACAACCAGUAUAAUACCUGUUUCUGGAUGCUGGUAAAUUCUAGAAAAACCAAGCCUGAAGCCCAAAAUUAUUUGAAGGGCACGCAAACACAAGAAAAGAAUGACUUGCUUGCUCAAAAUGGUAUUGAUUAUAACACAUUACCAGAUAUAUUUCGUCGAGGCUCAUGUAUUUUUUGGGACAAGGAAAACAAGACACUUAUGGAGGUAAAUUAUUCUGAAGAUUCUAGAAAGAAAAUUGUGAUUGAACACUGUAACAUAAUCGAUGACGAUUUCUGGGAUUCACACCCAUGGAUCCUUGGUGACAAGCUCCCUUUGGACUGUGCUAAUACUAGAGCUAUGAAGAGGACAUUGGGACAAUUGGAGGACUAGUAAACUAGCAGAUAGUAUAGAUUAGAUGUUUUUUCAACUCAUGUAACGUAACAAUGCCCUUUUCUAAUAGUUUAGUGUUGACCCUUUAGGAAACACGUGAACACGAUAUAACUAUUGAGAUGUAAAAGAGAAAGCAAUUGAUUUAUUUAUUUAUGUAAUUUAAUGUGUUUUUGUAU